GGCGGGGUCGGUGCCGCCGGUGAAAUCGGCCGGCCCGCGAAGAUGCUGCUGGAGCUGUCGGAGGAGCAUAGGGAGCACCUGGCCUUCCUGCCGCGAGUGGACAGCGCGGUGGUCGCCGAGUUCGGGCGGAUCGCGGUGGAGUUCCUGAGGCGGGGCGCGAACCCCAAGAUCUACGAGGGCGCCGCCAGAAAACUCAGCGUGAGUAGCGACACCGUCCAGCAUGGCGUGGAAGGGUUGACAUACCUGCUCACUGAGAGCUCGAAGCUCAUGAUAUCUGAGCUGGAUUUCCAAGACUCUGUUUUUGUUCUGGGAUUCUCUGAAGAAUUGAACAAAUUGUUGCUUCAGCUUUAUCUGGACAACAGAAAGGAAAUCAGAACUAUUCUGAGUGAAUUGGCACCAGACCUUCCCAGUUACCAUAGCCUUGAAUGGCGACUCGAUGUACAGCUUGCAAGCAGAAGCCUCAGGCAGCAGAUGAAGCCGUCAGUGACUAUGAAGCUGCACCUUAAUCAGAAUGGAGACCACACAACCAAAGUUCUGCAGACAGACCCAGCCACCCUGCUCCAUCUGGUGCAGCAGCUGGAGCAAGCGCUGGAGGAGAUGAAGACAAACCACUGUAGGAGAGUGGUGCGCAAUAUCAAGUAGUCCCAAGUUUAAGGUUUUAUGCCCUUUGGAUCACUUGUGAAUUGAUAAUAUACGGCAGUUACUUUUCAAAAUUAAUUUUUUUAUUAAUUGAUGGUGAUGAAUACGUAUAGAGUCCAUGGAACGUCUUUUCCUGUGACAAGAUAUUGAGGUCAUGAUCAAAAGCAAAAGUAAAGUUCCUUUUCUGGUGCUAAAUGUGAUCAGCUUCUUGACAAACUCAGAUGUAUUUUAAAUGUGUAAAUAGGAUUGAAUCAACUGGAAUUGACUGAUACUGUUCAUGUCUUCUGUAUAUAUGAAUGACUGUCCUUUUUUUGGUACUUCUUUUGACUGUUUAACUUUAUUAUUUUUUUUCUUAUUGACCAAAAUUUGAAAAUAAAAUUCACAAUGUAAUACUGUUAUUAUUCAGAAUGUUUCUAGACAGUUCAAUGUUUUUGACCUUUAAAAGAACCCCAUGAUGUUAACAGCCACAGAAUAUUGGAAGUAAAUAAGAAGCUUUUUUAAAUGCU